GGAUCGGGCCUGUUUUGUUGAUCGGAUUCCACUCCAAGACCCUGUCCCAGCCAACACUGACUCUCUUGGCCUCGAAGGCCAAGGAGGCGAAGGUAGAGAGAAGAGGCGAGCGCCGAGGGGAGGACAGCCAUGUCGAAGCGACCAGCGGCGACUGAAAUUUACCGUCCCGAAUCCAGUAAGAGGUACCACGGAGGAGUCGAAGCCCGUCAUCGUAGAUCGCCGCCACGGCCUUCCUUCCCUUCCUACCUCGACGCUGGCCCCGAUUUGAACCCUAAGACUCGUUUUCUCUGCGAGAUCCUCGCCUCCUCCAACCCUUCCUCCGUCGAUCGCGCCCUCGACGACGCUGGCGUCCGCGUCUCCUCGCAGGAUGUGGAGGCAGUGCUCAAGCUCUCUUACUCUCAGCCGGGUGCCGCCGUCGCCUUCUUCCGCUGGGCGGGAUCCCGCUGCCUCAACGACCAACACUCACCCUACGCGUGGAACCUUGUGGUCGACCUCCUCGGCAAGAACCUCCUCUUCGACGCCAUGUGGAACUCUGUCCGCUCCAUGCAAUCCGAGGGCCUUCUCUCACUUGCCACAUUCGCCUCCAUUUUCUCUUCCUUCUGCGCUGCUGGCCGUCCCGAUGACGCCCUCUCUGCGUUCGAUACCAUGCGCCUUUACGGCGUGCCCAGGGACACUGCCGCCCUCAACUCUCUCCUCUCUGCCGUCUGUCACGAUGGCCGCGUCGCCACAGCCCGUCUCUUCUUCGACCGUGCUCGCACGUCCGUGACCCCUGACGUCGACUCUUUUGCAAUCCUCCUUGAAGGUUGUGAAGCUGAUGUUGAUCACCGGUCUGCUCGUGAGGUGUUCGACGAUAUGAUUGCCACCGUCGGUUGGGAUCCAGCCAACGUCCAGGCUUAUGACUCCUUUCUCACUAUCCUCGUGCGGUCUGGCUCUCAUAAUCUUCAUGAAUCCUUCAUGUUUUUAGAGAAGAUGAAGCAAAAGAGGUGUUUUCCAGGGAUGAAGUUUUUCCGCAAUGCCAUCAAAGUGCUCAUUGAGAAGAAUGAUACUCGUGAAGCAUUAAAUAUCUGGAAAGCGCUCAUAGGACGGAAUGAAUGUUAUCCUGAUAUCUCCAUGUAUAACUCAAUGAUCUCACUGCUAUGCUCAAACAAUCAGACUGAUGUGGCACUUUGGAUCUUUGAUGACAUGACGAAUUAUGGCGCAUUCCCGGACUCACGUACUUAUAAUGUCUUGCUUCAGUACUUAAUCAAGGAAAAGAAGCUGAACGAGAUUUCUACUGUAUUCACUGAGAUGGUUAAGAAUGAGUGUUAUCCAACAGAAGCUAAUUGUGUUUCUUUGAUGAAUGCUGGCUUCGGAAAUUUAUCAUAUUACAAUAUGGCCCUGAAGGUCUGGAAGAUUAUGGCUGAGAAUGGCUUGCCUUCAUUGGAGGAAACUGGAAAUAUGUUGGUCUUAAAAUUGCGGGAUGCCGACAUGCUUCCUGAAGCCUGUAAAUAUGCUGAGGAUAUGAUUGAGAGAGGUAUUAAGUUGAACUCAUCGACUCUGUCCAAGCUGAAGCAGAGUUUAGUGAAAAUUGGUAAGGGGAAUAUCCAUGAUUCUCUCCUCAAGAAAUGGAAAUCUCAUAGUCAGUGUGCUUUGUACUCUUAGUUUGAAGCAGUCAUCCAGGUCAACCGUUUUAGUAUUGUGUGCAUCUUCUUGAGGAUAAAUGCAAGGGGAACUCCAUUCUUCAUAUAAGAUCUAAACGUUACCCGUGAGCAGAAAGUUUACAUGUUUUUUUUUAACCAUUUCACAUCAAGGAGUAUUGAUCCCUAUCAUAUAGUUAGAAUCGGCUACAUGAUUUAAACAUCUGUAUUGAGCUCGUUAUUUGGUUAGUAAUAAUUUGAUACCCUAUUUGAGUCAAUGAGAAAGUUUGGAUGAAAAUGAUAGACGAU